CAGACCAUUGCUAAAUAAACUAAAAGCUAAAAGCUAACCUAUAAAAGCAAUGUUAGCUAGCAUGAAUGUCCAAUUUGAUGCCAUGAAUAAAAAAAAAAAAACAAUAAUGUAGUUUGUCCAUUAAUUCUAAGACAUGCUGUUUUGAAAAUGAUAAUUUCACUGGAAAUCAAACUGUUGCUCAUUUUAAGUGAAUCAGUCUGGUAAAAAUUGCGGUUUGUUGGUAAAUAUUACCUUUGGUGAUUCUCCCUGCGAGCAAGACAAACAUGGGUCACCAGCCGAAGUGAUGCACAACGGCGCCCUCUGGUGUCCAAGGCCCUCAGGGGAUCAGAGGAAGACUGACACUGAGCACAUUUGAUGGACAGAUGGAAAUGAACAUUGUGCAAAAACACAAAGUACAAAUUAUGUGGUUAAAAUAGUCAAUACACAGAGGACACCAAUCAAUACUAUAAUUGAUCUAAAUCUUUUAUCAUUUAUUGUGCUAAGAACCAAAGAAACGAGGCACUGUGCAGACUCAAUUGACAGAGGUGUGAAUAUGUUGAAAUAUAGUGAUAACAAAAAAAAAAAAAACUAUCGUUUAUUCUCAUCCUUUGACAUAUAUGCCCGCUGCAUCCCUUCUAACAGCAAUGCUCCCAUCUGUGAGUCUUAGAAAACACAAAAUUUUCCUUUGGAGAUCAAUGUCAGAUCUAUGUCCCUUUCUUUAGCAUGUGUUUCAGCCUGUUUGCUACUCUCAAGUCAAGUCAACACCGUGGGACUUAACAGUAAAAGAGAAGUGCUUCCCUGACUGAUUUCCCAUUACUGGGCCAACAUGGCUUCAAUAAAGGAAAGAGCUGCGGCGUUGAACCUUGCAGAGAAACUAUGUGCGCGUCCUCAAGCUCGUGGAGUGGUCAGUAAGCCUCUGCAGUCUUGCCCCCUGUGGAGUGGCCUUAUCUCCCACCUCAGGUCAUCUGUGACGGUGAAGCGCAGACGAGUAAACCUCAAGUCUCACAGUGACUGUUUCCUGGGCUCAGAGGCUGUUGAUGUGCUGACAGAAUAUAUUAACCAUGUCAAAGGCUUAGAGGACAUUCAGCAUGUUGCCAUUCAGACCUUAUGUUUGAUUAAAACUGAAGGUACCAACGUGACACGGGACAAAGUGGUGUGUGUGUGCCAGGCUCUGUUGGACUGCGAUGUGUUUGAGGCAGUGGAAACCAAAGUGUUUGGGAAAGACAAGAAGCAGGAUGACUUUCAGGACAGCAAGAGCGCUCUUUACAGGUUUGGAAAUGCUCACAUGCCUUCGGUUGAUGAGCUGGAGAGAGGUUUGCCUGUGAAUGGGAUCCAGAAACUCUUCUGCAGUGCUCCCUCAGACAGGCAGGAAGAGCAGACAUGUCCCACUGCGUCUCAUGUUCACAUGACCACGCCUGUCAAAUUCACUCAGACAUCCACAAAAACAAACCAGCUGGACACUCAUGUCACUGCCAGCCUGUCACUGGAGGCUGUGGUGGACAAUCUGAGUCUGAGUCCCAGCAGAGUGCAGACUGACUCUGUGUUACCACAAUCAGUGGUAGAUGAGGUGUGGCAAGAGCAGACCCUGCUCAGGCUGCUAAACCUGGUGGAGCUCCCCCUCCUGGAAGGGGUGCUUCAAUGCAGCCAGACCCCAUCGUCUCCACCUCCAUCACACCUGCUGGCUCACAGUAACACAGACCUGAUCUUCAGCAGCAACCACCUGGACCGACAGAUCCUCAAGGCCUUCAGGGAGACUCAGGAGGAUGAAUGGCUCUGUGCAGCUCUGGACUGCCUGGACUUCCUCUCUGAUCAGCCUGUGGUGGAGCUGAGCAGGGAGCUGCCACUCUGUUUCCCUCAAGAUCAGGAGAACUCUGACCAAGACCCAGCUGGUAGCAGCACCCUAGACAGAGGCAGAUGUUUGGAUGGGUGUCGGUGCUACAACAGUGAUGAGCCUCAUCUCUCCCAAAGUGGUUUGGCCCAGUGUAAGCUGCUGCUGUACAGGACCCUGGUGAAACACUACAGCCACACAGACAGACCUCCACUGCUGCCGCAGCGCAUGACUGACAUCUACACAGCCAUCACCGACCUGCUGGUGAAUGGUAAGUUGGAUAAGGCUCUUGAAGCUCUGCAGCUGUGCUUGAAGUUGCUGCCACCCAGCUGCAGAGACGAGCUGUGCAGGCUGCUUACAUUCAUGUCUCUGGCAGCUGAUCCACAAGGCAUAAAACUGGAUAAGGAGAUGGAAAACAGAUUAGCAGUGAAGAGGUCUUUCUCCAGAGCGAUCGUCCACAGCAAAGCUCUUUCAAAGGAGAAAGAGGACCUGAUUGUGGUCUUCAUGCUCAGCAACAUAAAGGAAAUCUUCAAGAUACCAGGGGCUCUGCACAAAGGAGUGAGUGACAAGCUGGCCAGCCUUGUACAGGGGAAGCAGCCUGACUUGACUGGCUCUACUUUAUGUCAGCAGGUUUCCAGCAAGACUUACGCUGACUCUACCAAGAAGACCACCAACCAGGAACUGUGGGCUCUGCUAAACAGCAUCCACAUGGACACAAAGGUCUCAGCCAAGGAGAGAAAGCGCCUACUCAGACAGUUUUACCUAGCCCACCCAGAGAUAUUUAACCAGUACUUUGGUGACUCUGCUGUUAGUGUGCUUUAAAUUAAUGAUAUUACACAUAGCCUGUGUCUCUGAUAUCAUCAUGUCAGUUUCACCAUUAGCUUCAGAGGAGUUCUUUUACAUUGUUGGUCAGUUAGACUGACUGACUUAAAAGAAGACAUCAAAUCUUAGAUACAUGUAAAGAUGCA